CGUCGUCAGACGUCGUUCAAACUCUGGCGAGCGAUUUUCUUUCUCUCCUCGAUGUCAACGCACCGCGGAUAGCAAUGACAUCGGGAAACAUGGAUGGAAAUGAGAACGCAAACAACGUGACUAAUUAAUUGCGCUUCGAUAAUUUUGUGCUACGAAUCACUGUCACAUUGUAAGAUUUGAAAACUCGAAAUUGUGAAUUGUGUGCAUCUUUUGUGAACGAUGUUUCAUAGUCGAGUGGAACUAUUAUUGGAAUGUAGGAUUUUUUCAGUGAUCGAUGAUCUGUGAUCGAAUACUUUGGUACAAUUUUAAAUAAAACUGAACGUGAGUACAGAGUGAAAUUUGAUCUUUUCAAGCAGUAAAAGAGUGAUAUUUAACACGCUGACCGUUCUCGAUACCGGUGACAUUUAAUAGGACGCGCGAUAGUCUUGAAGGUAAAAGAUGUCGAUCGUGGCGCGAAUGCGUUUCUUGAGGUUCGAUUCAAGUUGGAUGGGAAGCGCGUUAUCGGGUCGUUUUUGAGGAAAGUGGAUCCGUGAAUGCAGUCUGCUUCGUUGAGCUGUAAUAAAAUAUGCUCCGAUGACAAAUAGAGUUUGUUCGCGGCGAGAUUGAGCGAUUCGAAGCGAGUGACCCGAGAGGAAGCGUCGUGUCUGAAAGGAGUCCUCGGCUUGAUGAGAAACGAUUUAGAUUAAUCCGUUCAGAAAUUACUGCGGAGUAGCCGAGGUUUCCAGAAGGGGGAAAAGCAGGACGAGGGGAUACCCGAUUAAAAUACUCGCGAUGGGACGGAAGCACAAACGUCGCCUGAUACCGGAACAGGAUCGCAGGAUAUGCGGCAGUAUCUGCUUCUGUCAGUUCACUAUUGUCAUCAGCUGCGUCGCGUUGGUUUAUCUGAGCGUGGCAAUCUACAUGCCGUCCCACAGGGCCUUCCACGCGGGAAUCGAUCCAGAUCCAGUCAUGUGCCAAACCAUUGAUACCACCUUAGCCACUAAUUGUGGCUGGGCGAGCUGCGGGGAGUGGUGUUUGACGAGAACCACGGGAUUUUGUCCGCAGAUACAAGCAACCGUGAGAAGAAACGGCACUAACAUUGUUUUUGAAAAUUGCACUAAAUUCAACAGCAUCGCCUGCCCUCAGGUGAACAUGGCUUCCGUAAAAAGAUACAAUUGCAACAAUGGCAGCGAGUGCAGUGUACUCUCAGGGGUGUUUAACUGCAGCCUUGGCCACUGUUCGAACAUAAGCGAGCUGAUGUUAUGUCACUACAAAGCCGACGGCAUCGUGGUGGACAGCGAGAAGGACAACAUGAAACUGAACGGCUUCUUCAGCUGUCAGAAUUCCAGAUGCACGAAAAUCAAGGAUCCCUUCAGCUGCGAUCGUUAUUGUCCAAACAUCAGCACAUUCGACGUGAACAUAUUCCUCAUGCAGGACGACAACGUCAUCGCAGCGAAAUGCGAACGAGGCCUAGCUCUGAACCGAGCUAAUGGAAAUUUGCCUGGCACCAGGCUAACCACGCCUGUGAAAAUCUGGGACGAUCAAAAUGGAAGUCUUGUCGCUAGCUGCAUGGCUGUCAGCAAUGAAAAGGACGCCAUAAGGACGGAGGAUUGCGUGAACGGCACCUUGUUAAGGGAAAUCUCGGUGCCUCAACCGUACAUCAACUUUACGAGCUUUCUGAAUAUAUACGAGAAGAGCUUGCAAUACCCAUUGGAUCCGACGAACGCCUACGUGCCGGCGCAACGAUCCCUCACAAUUUACAAUAAUUCCCGGUUAUACAUCAACUUGGAAGGAUGCGUCAACACGUUGAAAGGGGAAUGUAAAGAUUUUCUUGUCAGUUAUGGUCAUGACGGCGACAACCAGACGGCGCAAAGCAGAUACCCAUGCUACUACAACAAGAACAACUCGUUCUUCGUGGUGGCACGUUUCGACCUGAAUAAGACGCGUACGGAAUUGCUGAUCGCCAUAAUCGUGCCGUCUGGCUUGUUCGUCAUCAGUCUGAUCACGCUCGUGAUUAUCACGCGAUCGGUGCAGGUGGGCGAUGACGCGAAAAUGCGUUGCCGAUACUGCGUCGACAAACAGGAGGUCGAGGGCGAGGACGAAGGACUCGUCGAGGCCACGCCGUCGUCGUCGCAGGGUCACAUGAACGAGAACGAGAUCAAAAGCAUGGCGCUUUAGCAGUUUAAGACACCCGGGACUAACAACGUGCUGCGUUACGAGAGGGUGCCAUUGAUCGACACCGACGAGGCUGAGGACUCGUUUUGAACGUCGAUUAAAAUUACAGUGAAUUUGAUCGAUGCCAACGGCCGUGCGUUCCCUUGGACUAGCCUCGUGCUUGUUCCUUUUUUUAUCGUGAAAACUUGUGCGGUUGUUUAUUACGUGAUUACACGUCAGUGAAUGGUGAACGGAUCAAAGUACAGACUAUCGGAAAACGGACUUCGAUUUGGUGAACGCAGAUGCUGGGCAGAUGCAUGUGCAAGGGGUGUGCAGUUGAGAUGGGUAAACUAUUUCAAUUUUAGCUUCAAAUAUUUCUAAAACAUUAGUACUGUCGAAUCCUUAAAUUAAGCAUGUAGAUUAUGAUUUUUAAAUGUCCAAACUUGCAGAUUAUCAAGAUUCAUUUCUGUAUUACUAAAGUCAUAAUGUCUGUAGUUUCUUGAUUCUCGAAUUCCUACACUAUAACUUUUGAUAAUUCAUAGUUCAUAAUUCUUGAAAUUCACAAAUCCUCAAAGUUCCAAAUGUCCCAAAUCUUUAUCUUCCGAGUCUCCCUUUCUUAAACCCCAAAUUUUCAAAUCCCCAAAUUAACAUAUACGUGAAUCUACAAAUACGUAAUUUCACAAACCCAACAUUCUCGAAUUUCCAAAAGUCCAAAUCUGCUGAAUUCCAGAUCUUUCAACUUCCAAGUGCCUUCAGUUCCUUGAUCCUGAAAUUCCUUAAGCCCCAAUUUUUCAAAUCCCCAAAUUAACGUA